UGUAAAUCUCAUGUACCAACAAACAGCACAAGAAAAUGUGUGGUUAGAAUUCGAUUUAUGAAUGUUUUUCGGUUAUUUAUGUUAUUUUGAAUUAUUUUAAUUACGAUGGAUUCGGAUUUAGAUCGGUCUUUACGCUUGUUAGAGGAUUCCAUAAGUUCAAAGGGCAGAUUCUUGCUUUCCACACCCAAAAACAAGGAUUUAAGAAGGAAAACCAUGGAGAGCCCCAUGACUCCACAAACUCUCCGAAAACUGGAUGACAAACUAGGCGAUUCCAGUUUUACAAUUUACGAUAAAUCGUUUAGCACUUUAAUUGAUGAUAACGUUUCCAUAACAGGCUCGAUCGUUCGUGCCAGCGAACCCUGGAAGGCUACUGUUAACAGUUUGUAUUUGGAGUUCUACGAGACAUUGCAAAUGUGUACGAAUAGCCACGAUGUGUUCGAUGUCAUCACAGACCUUGCUCGCUGUUGUACGGAUGCUCUGCAAGUCAUUAAAAGCUUAAAGUCGAAAAGUUCAAUCCAGUAUGUUAACGAGGACAUUUGGUUGGAAAAGGAACGAAACACGUGGCGCCUGUUACUAGUCUUGUAUCAAGAUCGACUGCUUGCCUCGAAAGACAUGGAGGACGUGCAGCAACCAUAUUUCGGCGACAGCGAGAAGUUGUGCAUAGCAAAUCUCUUUAAAGCCGAUCCUCUUGUACGCGAAACUCAACUUGUGAUCGACUGGUUGGAGUACAGCGCGGCAGAACGCGACAUUGAAGCAUUGCACUUUUCCGACUUUUCUUACGGGUGGGAAAACACUUUUCACCAGCUGCAGUCUGCCGAAACAAUCGUUUUUGAGAGCUCCAAGAAGAUUGUUACGGAAAUGCACCCGGAUGCGCCAUGGGUGGAAGAGUUACAUCUUCACGACUUAGAUACCGAAGAUGAAAAGAGACUUUGUAAGAAGAUUUUUCAGGAAAUUCGCUGCGGUAAGCUUAAUAAAGCGCAAAAGGUGUGUAUUAGUUCCGGUCACGCUUGGCGUGCAGCACUUCUGGAAGGUUGGCGACUGUAUCACAACCCGAAUACUGUUCCUCAGGUCGAAGAUGUGGAGAUGUAUGAUGCUGAUAGGGAUGAGAUGGGGUUAGACAGUGCCUUACAACCUACUGAAGGAAACGAAACGAGGGAUAUUUGGAAAGUUAUUUCACAAGCAUAUUGUGAGAAGGAAUACCUAAACAUUUACGAGAAAGCAUCCUUGGCUUCCUUCUGUGGACACUUAAAGAGUCUUUUAAGGGUGGGAGAAAACUGGGAGGAUUACCUGUGGGCGUACUUGAAAGUAUUAAUCGAUAUUCGCGUUGAAUCAGAAAUUCGUGAUAACAUAAGCAAAAAGUAUGUACCUUUACCAGAAGAGUACUGGGACCAAAGGUUGUCCCUAAACGAAGUGUUCGAAUACUUGGAAUCCGCUCCAAAUACCAAAGUGCGCAAAGAGUCCCAAUUAGAAAUGCAUAUCGUUCAAAAGCACUUAAUACUUGACGAUAUUCCGAGGUUAAUGGAGAUUAUUGGUAACUGGAUCGAAAACAGGACAUUGAGUACACAAUUUUUACGGUUUGCAGUGCAUUUGGUGCUGUUUUUGGAACAAAUUGGGCAGAUUGUUAAGAGAGAUGUUCCAGCAAAGAUUAUUGAAAGUUAUGUGCUCCGCCUUGCGGAAAUGGACGAAACUCGGCUGGUCUCGUUUUACGUUAGCAAAUUAGGAGUUCAAAAGCAGGUUGAAGUCUACGCUUCUUACUUAGAACGCAUCUUAGAUGACAACGAAAGACGCGAAGCUCUUGCGUUCGCCGAAGAUUGUGGUUUGGAUACACAUGCGAUUGCUAAACGAGUUGUUGAAAAUAUCCGAAACCGCCCACACGAAAUCGGCGCACUUGGCAAUUUACAGCAAAAAUUAACCGACACUGAUUUAUUGAAAAUAUCCGCCAUCGAUUGGUUGCUCAUUUCCAACUCGACAAAAUUGGAUGCGAUCGAGCAGACGAACGCUUUGAUCUUUACCUUCUUAACAAUGAAAAAACUGGAUGCAGCACAAUUGGCUUUCAAUAAAAUACCUCAGAAUUUUCUCGACGACAUUCUCUCAGAAGGGGACGCAGUACCAGAGAUUAAUCAAAUAUUGAGAGAGUAUUUGAGUUAUCGAACAUACUUGGAUGCGGAGGAAGCGUUUAACGAAUGGUAUAAACAGUUCAAAUCGAAACCCCUUCCUCCUGGAGAGGUGGCGGAGAAUGCGCAUUUUACUGAGCGAGUUGCGCACGAGCACAAAGAGGCGCAAUUUAAAGCUGACACGGAGCGAUGGAAUAUGUCAACGUUGCAGCUAGCGAAAACAGCAAAGGGCAAGCUGUAUAACGUGUUGCUGUUCCCCGAAGGGGGAUGGUUGAGUGGCGCAAAGGACUGCGAGUUUCUGAGAUCUACUUGCAUACCUGAAAUAGUAAUGUUACUCUACUCAGUGUUGAAUGAUUCAGAUUGUGGGGAGGAGUGUCUGCAGUUGGCCGAUAUUAUAAGCUCAGAAAAAUAUGGCCUGUACAAGGUGUUUCCGAAGACUAAGCUCAAGGAGUUCUUACACCAGCUCUGUAAUACUUCAGCGUCGCUGCUCAACAAAGAGAAGGAUCCAUGGGGGAAUGUUACUAUUAAUUAAAGUGGAAUUUUUUGUACAAUUGAUGGUAGUGUAAUUAAAUAUUAAAAGUAAAAUUUGUCAUUCCAGUUCA